AAUGCGAUGGACCCGACACCCGCACUGUGAAUCCAUGGCAUGCUGCAUGGCAUGGCAGAGAAUGAAAAUUUCCUCGUCCCAACCAGUAUUCAAAUCUAAACGUGUGCGAAAUAAAAGAAAAAGAAACUGUCAAUCAAAGUAACAGAACACUGUCACAUUUGUUUAUAUAGUCCAUAAAAAAAUAUGAUGUAAACAUAAGCCAUCUCUCAUAUUUCACAAAAAAAACCAUGCACAGCGGUUGUUUUUAAUAGCCAAACAUCGCCAAGAUGCCAAAAUGCAACAAGACAAAAAACCCUUGCAAAAUAUGUUUAGGGCAAGUAUCCGAAAAGACUGGCUUACAGUGCCAGGGUGCCUGCCAGACCUGGAUACAUUUUGAAUGUUUGAACUACACGCCCGGCAAGAUAAAGGACAUAAAGGCUGGCGUUAUAAAGGUAACUUGCCCUUGUCCGGAUUGCAAAACGACUCUGCCCAAAGAAUAUAGAACUGAUGAGCCAUUUAGCUGCAGUAAUAUGAAGUGUCCAGCAAACAUACCGCCUCAGUGCGGUAAUACUGCCUGUCCUACUAAUAAAGGUAUGACAAAUAUAGACCAAAAUCCAGUACAAACCGGCUGUGCCUUAGAUAAAUGUGGCAAAGGUUGUAAGACGAACAGCCAUCCGCAGGUGGAUCGUUGUCCUCAACCCCCGCCGAUAUCACCGUGUGCACCCCCAUAUCACCCACUUCCUUUUCCGGCGACCUCUUCAGAUAAAUGUCUGAAUUUCAAUGCGUGUCCAUCAGGUUGUUCGUCAACCGUCGACAUUCCAGGUGACCGUGGCUCUAAAGAGGAUGGUAUUUUAUCCAUGGGAACACUCGAGAACAUGUGCAACACCGUUGGUCAAUUGACAAACCAAAUUAAUAAUCUAAUGUCGCAAUUGAAACACUCGGUUAAAGACAAACAUGGCUACGGCACCCAGAGAGCUUGUCCUCAAACAGGACCAAAGUCCUUAUGUCCAAAACCGUGCUUCUGUCCUGGAAACCCGGGAAGGAGAUAAUCACUGAGGCUUAGUAAUUCAACACAUCCCGGUAACAUUUCCUGUGAUUAAUAACUUGUAUUUUAACAUUGUCAAUAAACUGGAGACUUGAUAGA